AGGGCAUAAAUGUGAACAGUGAACAACUCUUGUAGUCCAUUUUAAUCGAUUAUUGGCAGGUUUUCAAGCUUGAGUACCACCAGUAACUAAAACAAAGUCUGCGCGUAAAGUAAACUAAUGCUCCCCCUUACACUAUUAAAAACGGCUCAGAGCCAUCCUAUGUUAGUCGAAUUAAAAAAUGGGGAAACGUAUAAUGGACAUUUGGUUAGCUGCGAUUCGUGGAUGAAUAUAAAUCUUCGUGAUGUUAUUUGUACAUCUAAGGACGGAGACAGAUUUUGGAGAAUGCCUGAAUGUUAUGUACGAGGUAGUACUAUAAAAUACUUGCGGAUCCCAGAUGAAGUUAUUGAUAUGGUUAAGGAUGAUGCACAGGCGAAAUCAAGAAAUCGGUCCGAAAUCAAUAAAGCACGUGCAGGUGGAGGAGCGUCAAAUCAAAAUGUGAGAGGACAGCUCCGACCGCGGUAUAAGAAUGGACAGGCAAAUGGUACAAAAAACAUUUUGCGCGGACAGACAAAUCGUCCUCUUUCUCAACCUAGUAUCAAUAAAAAUAGAAAAUGAACUUUAUAAAUGCA